AACAAAUAAAUAAAUAAAUAUCCUGUAUUCGUGUAAUCUGUAUGAUGAUAGAAAUAAAUGACAAGCUGGAGAAGUUGAAUUGAGCUGAACAACACAAGAGACCUUUCUCUUUCGUAUUUUAUAUUUUUAUUUUUAGGUUCCUUUUUUGUACUUUCUCAACUAUUACAUAUCUAUAUCUUUUAUAAAAGUUUAAAUAAUUUUUUAUUGUUGCUUUAAAUAUUUGUAAAAGUACAUAAAUUAAUUGUAGUUGAUGAUUUUUUAAAUAAAUAAUAAUGGAUUACUCUGAGAUUGACCAUAUUUCACAAACUUGUUUUCCUAACAACAAUUUAAAAAAUAUACAAUAUGGUACAGCAGGAUUUCGAAUGAGAGCCGAAUUAUUAAAUCAUGUGGCUUAUAGAAUGGGUAUUUUAUCAGUUUUACGUUCAAAAUUUUUUAAUGGUGCUGGGAUUGGAUUAAUGAUUACAGCUAGCCACAAUGAAGAACCUGACAAUGGUAUUAAAAUAGUUGAUCCGGCUGGAGAAAUGUUAGAAUCUGAUUGGGAGGAGAUUGCAACAAUGUUAGCUAAAGUACAAGAUACAAAAUUGAUUGAGACAAUAAAAAAUAUAAUAAAAGAUAAAAAUAUUGAUGAAAAUUCAUCUGCAUCAGUAAUAAUUGGUAGAGAUUCUAGAGAAAGUGGUUUAGCAUUAUCAAAAGCAGCUAUUAAACCAAUUGAAAUUUUAAAAGCAACAGUUAAAGAUUUUGGAAUAAUAACAACACCUCAAUUACAUUAUUUAGUUGUUUGUACAAAUAGUAAUGGAGUAUAUGGUGUACCAACAAUAGACGGAUAUUUUUAUAAAUUGUCUAAUGCAUUUAUUGAAAGUCAAACAAUUGAGAAUAAAAUUAAUAAUAAAAAAUAUUCAUAUACUAAUCAACUAUAUAUCGAUGCAGCAAAUGGUGUAGGCGCUUUUGCGGCUAAAGAAUUUAAAAAACAUCUAAAUAAUAUUAUUACAAUUAAUAUUUUUAAUGACGGAACAGGAAAACUUAAUUACAAAUGUGGAGCAGAUUAUGUUAAAAUUUAUCAAGCUCCACCUCUUAAUAAUCCUUCUAAAUUAAAUAUAAAAUGUGCAAGUAUUGAUGGAGAUGCAGACAGACUUGUUUAUUAUUAUGUUGAUGAAAAUAGUAAAUUUAAUUUACUUGAUGGAGAUAAAAUAGCUAUUUUGAUAGUUAGUUAUUUCAAAGAACUUAUUGAAGCAAGUGGAUUAUCAAUUAAAUUGGGUCUAGUUCAAACAGCUUAUGCUAAUGGUGCAUCUACUAAUUAUGUUACUCAAGUUUUGAAUGUACCAGUUGCUUUUACGGAAACUGGAGUGAAACAUCUUCAUCAUCGAGCUCAACAAUUUGAUAUAGGAGUAUAUUUUGAAGCUAAUGGACACGGUACUGUUAUAUUCAAAGAUGAAAUUAUUAAAAUGAUUACAAGUUCUACUUUGAAUAAAGAAAUUUCAGAUCAACAACGUGAAUCUGUACUUAAAUUAUCAAGCUUGAUUGAUAUAAUAAACCAAACAGUUGGAGAUGCUUUAAGUGACAUGUUGGUAGUUGAAACAAUUUUAUAUGCAAGAGAUUGGGAUAUUGUUACUUGGAAGGAGUGUUAUAUAGAUUUUCCAAAUAGACAAUUAAAAGUUAAAGUCAAAGAUAGAAAUAUCAUUAAAACUACUGAUGCAGAAAGAAUAUGUGUUUCACCAAUAGGAUUACAAGAAAAAAUUGAUGAAAUAGUAUCUCACUAUCCAAAAGGCCGUUCUUUUGUUAGAGCUUCAGGAACAGAAGACAUUGUGAGAGUGUACGCAGAGUGUCAGGAUCCAAUUGAUGUAGAAAAAUUAGCUGCUCAAGUAUCUUUAGCUGUUUAUCAAUUUGCAGGUGGUGUAGGUGAAAUACCAAUUGCAAUAUAAAUUCAUUUUUAAAACCGCAUUUGAGUUAUAUUUCAUAUGAAAAAUAAAUCUUUUUUUUUAUUA